AUGCCGCUUGAAUUUGAAAUCGCGCCGGGUAGAAUGAUUGGUGGUGACAAUCCAUGUUUUGUCAUCGCAGAAAUCGGACAAAACCACCAGGGAGACAUGAAGAUUGCCAAACAAAUGAUACAAGUUGCGAAGGAUGCCGGCGCUGACUGUGCUAAAUUCCAAAAAAGUGAACUUGAAUACAAGUUCAACAAAGAAGCAUUGAUACGUCCCUAUAACACCCCGAAUUCUUGGGGAGCAACAUACGGUGAACAUAAAAGAUAUCUUGAAUUCAGCCACGAGCAGUACUACGAACUUAAAGCCUAUGCAGACUCUAUUGGAAUAUUAAUGACUGCGUCCGGUAUGGACGAGAAAGCAGUAGAUUUCCUUGAUGAACUCGGAGUUAGUUUUCUUAAGGUGGCAUCCAUGGACACAAACAAUUUGCCAUAUUUAACGCAUGCAGCUAAGAAAGGACGACCAAUGGUGAUAUCAUCUGGAAUGCAAACUUUAGAAACGAUGAGAAAAGUCUAUGAAAUUGUCAAACCAGUUAAUAAUAAGUUUUGUAUCCUGCAAUGUACAAGCUGCUACCCUCUUGCCCCAGAAAAUGUCCAUCUGAAUGUUAUUAAGACAUAUCUAAAGGAGUUUCCCGAUAUUCCAAUUGGAUAUUCUGGACACGAACAGGGAUUGGCUAUUACAUUAGGUGCAGUUGCCAUGGGAGCAAAAGUGGUAGAAAGACAUAUAACGUUGGAUAAAUCGUGGAAAGGAAGUGAUCACAAAGCUUCUCUAGACCCCAGAGAGUUGACAGAGUUAAUAUCUAAUAUACGUGUUUUGGAGAAAGCCAUGGGAAGUUACGACAAAGACAUGCGGCAGUGUGAGGUGUAUAUGUAUGAGAAGCUUGGAAAAACUGUAGUGGCAAACACGGACAUUCCAGCAGGUGUGCCAAUGACGUUAGACAUGUUGACAGUUAAAGUGGCCGAGCCCAAAGGAUACCCACCUGAAUUAAUUGACGAAUUGAUUGGAAAGAAACUGAAGAGUGGUGUCGAUUCCGACGAAUCUAUUCUCAAGGAUAACAUAGCCACUUACAGUUAA